UAUUAGGGGUAUUUCAACCAAUUUUUAUUUUACUUUGAAUAACACAAUUAUUUUCCGUUUGCUUUCGUAUAAUUUCUGGGCAAUCCGAAUUUUUCUAUAAUGAAUAUGAGAAAUGAACAAUGAAAUCUUAUAUAAAUAGUCGGUAAAAAAGUUUACCUCAAUCCUUACUCAAUUUUUAUUUUUCUACAAGAGCAAACUUCUUACUUCAAAUAACUGCCCUUUUUUUUACCAGCAUGGACUCUGAUAGAUCCUUGUCUGGUACGCCGGGUACACCUGGAAGCAAUAUGAGCACAUCUAGCUCUUUGGCUCCUGGCGAUCGUAUUAUAUCUGUUAAAUCCUCUAUUGAUGGUAUUGGUUGGGACCCAGAGCGACGUGAAAGGCUCGAAGAAUAUGUAGUGACAGUCCACAACAUCACUACACACGCAUACUCACUCUCAAAGUACAUUUUUUUGCGUGCCAUUCAAGAAGAUGAGAACUUUGAUAUCAGGCGAUGUAUCAAUCGUGAUUUUUUUGCAGAGGUCUGGCUCAAACUGACUCGGUAUGCACGAGGAAGGGCUGGCGGAAGAACUGCGGCGACUCGUGCAUUCAUUGACACUUAUCUUGAUGACUAUUUGGAGGUCACUGGUUUUGUUCCACCAGAUUUCCGUUAUGGUCAGCAAGCAUCUUUAAUCGAAGGAGCAAAGAUCUUUACAUCUUAUAGCAACAAUGUUCAGAUGCGUUUGGGAAGUCAUCUUAGACAAGCUGUUAAUCAUCUACUUCGUAUUCGACAAAGAAAAGCCGAAUUAAUUGCUUAUAGAAGACGUGAAGGAUUAAUUGAUGCACUGAUAAAAUCUGAAGUAUACAGGUCCAAUAUGACAGGCAUUAUCCAAAACCACUAUGUCAACUUCCGAACCAACCAUCGUACUGCUCAUCCCUUGCACAGAAAAUUGCGGCUAUCUGCUUAUAUUAGAAGACAGCAAGGAAACGAGGAUCUUAUUUCAAAACUAGAUGAACAGUUUGGUGUCGAAGCUGUUUAUGUCAUGGGUAACUGGUCUUCUCCUAAUGCAAGAUUUCAUGAGCCGGUCCGAGGCCUUGGAUUCCGUCGGUUGCUUCAAAAAGCUGGUAAAAGGGUGUACUUGAUUGAUGAAUUUAGAACAAGUCAGUGCUGCCCAGCUUGUGAACGUAGAAGUCUUGAAACGUUUCGGAUGGUCGAUAACCCGCGCCCUCAUAGACGAAGAGCAAAUCCUCGUGUAAUCAGACAUGGUCUCUUAAGAUGUACAAAUCAAAAUUGUAGAGCCAUGACUAAUAACACAAAUAGGAUUGUUCCUCGUCUAUGGAAUCGUGAUAUGGCUGCUUGCUUGAACAUGGUUGAUAUUGUUCGAUCACUUCGUGCUGGAAAUGGCAUUCCCCCAAGAUUUCGACGUGGAGAGGUUCCCCAGAACCAACGGAGAAGAGCAAGAACCCAAAAUGAACAAGCAAACAUUAGAAAUGUUCGUCAACGUCGCAACUAGAAUUUUCCAGGCCUGUUAUCGCAGGUC